GAGUCUGAAUCAUCGAUAGGGAGACUGUCGGAUCUAAGAAUCUAGAGUGAUGGGACCAGAGUGAAGGAACAGCCGCGAGUGAUCACUCUCCAAGCCGGUUAUGACAGGCAGUGGCACCCGGUGUGUGUGAGGUUAGUGUGGUGUUCUCUCUCUCUAGACAGAGCUGAACUGAGGUGAAGGGUCAGGAUGACUUCAGCCUGUGCUGAGAUAUGUGGGUCAGACUACGCUGAACAGACGCAGCAUGACCAGCGAUACGGAGUCAGAUCAUACCUCCACCAGUUCUAUGAGGAGUGUACCGCCUCUAUCUGGGAACGCGACGAAGACUUUCAGAUUCAGAGAUCGCCUAGUCGGUGGAGCUCUGUCCUCUGGAAGGUCUGUCUAGCGUUAGGAACCCUGAUCCUGGUGACAGGCCUCAUCGUCCUACUGGUGGGCUACGCCACCCCGACUAAGAUCGAAGCGUUCGGGGAGGAAGAGCUCCUCUUCGUGGACAGCCACGCUGUGCGCUUCAACCGAGCCCUGGAUGUGUGCAAGCUGACGGGCGCCGUGCUGUUCUGCGUGGGUGGCAGCCUGAUGGCUGUAGGUCUCCUCCUCUCGGCCUUCUCUAAGAGCUACUCCAAGGAGGAGCUGUACCUGCAGCAGAAGUUUAAGGAGAGGCUGGUUGAUAUCCAGAAAACGGUCCAUCCCAUCACCAGAGCCCCUACUCCGGGGGAGAGUAAGAUCCCUGUCACCCUGUCUAAAGUGCAGAGUGUCCAGCCCAACUCAGAGACAUAACAGUUAUCAACAUAGUAGUGACGGUGAAUCAUCAGUGGUGUACAUGUGUCCUUGUUCCUAACCCUUCUAAAGGUCAGCUUACGUCAUCUUAGUACUACUCCAGGAAAAACAAACCCUCUGUAUCCAGAACACACACUAAAGGCUGCAGGAGGUAUCACACAGCUGAUUUCAUGUAAUGCUGUGUUAGUGAGUGUCAACUACUGGCUGGGUUCCAAUCAGCUUACGUGAUUAUAGUACCUAGACCAAGAUAACUAACAUACUCGCUGUAUAGAGCAGUGGUUCUCAUCCUGGGGUACAUGUACCCAUGGGGUACUUAGCCUAUCCACAGGGGGUACUUAUCCUAUCCACAGGGGGUACUCAUCCUAUCCACAGGGGGUACUUAUCCUAUCCACAAGGGGUACUUAUCCUAUCCACAGGGGGUACUUAUCCUAUCCACAGGGGGUACGUAGCCUAUCCACAGGGGGUACGUAGCCUAUCC